UUUGCUCCUGAUUGGCGAAGGCAGGCAUCAAUCACACGCCGCGCCAGGGUCACGUGUUGAGAGGAGGUCGCCCGCUGUCCGGGUUGUAGCGGGUGGAGGCAGGAAGCUCGAGACCGCCUUCGGGUUGAGGGCAGCACGCUGGAUGGAAGGGGAAGCUAGCCACCGUGGCCCCAGCCCGGGGGAGAGCCGGCACGAGUGUGAUGUGUGCGGGAAGCAGUUUGCCUACACCUCCUCGCUGUCCAGGCACAAGAGCAGCCACGUGGGCGGCACGUGGUACGAGUGCGAGGACUGCGGCAAGGGGUUUGUCUACCUGGCCAAGCUCAACACGCACCGACGUACCCAUGACAAAGCCCGGCUGUACGCCUGCGCUGACUGCGGGAAGGGUUACCUGCACCCCUCGGUGCUAGAGGCCCACCGACGCUCCCACACUGGCGAGAGGCCCUUUACCUGCCCGGUUUGCGGUAAGGGCUUUACCCAGUCCUCUGCCCUGUGCUCUCACCGCCGGGUACACAGCGAGGAGCGCCCCUAUGGCUGCAGCGAGUGCGGGAAGAGAUUUAAGAGUGCCCAGUGCCUGAUGAAACACCAGCGGCUACACACCGGCGAGAGGCCAUUCGGCUGCCGACUGUGCCUGAAGCGCUUUGUCAGCGCCGGGGGCCUGCUGACCCACCAGCGGGUACACACAGGCGAGCGCCCCUUCGCCUGCUCGCUCUGUGGCAAGAGCUUCGCCCAUGCCUUCAGCCUGCGCACCCACCAGCGGGUACACACCGGCGAGCGCCCCUUCACCUGCUCACUGUGCGGUAAGGGCUUCACCCAGUCCUUCAGCCUGCGCACCCACCAGCGGGUACACACCAGGGAGCGCCCCUUCACCUGCCCGGAGUGCGGUAAGGGCUUCACCUACUCAUCCAGCCUGCUGGGGCACCGGCGGGUACACACAGGCGAGCGCCCCUUCACCUGCCCGCUCUGCGGGAAGGGUUUCACCUACCUGUCCAACCUGCAAGCUCAUCGCCGGCUCCACUCUGGGGACAGGCCGACGGCACCUCCUGCCCCGCUCCCUCCCAAGGGGUAGGGGGUGCUGCUCCUGCCGAGGAGCCGGUCAGAGAUCCCAAACCACGAGCUCUCACCUCCCUCAACUUUCCAAUCACUGCCACCUUUCAGAAAGUCAGCAGCCCCCUCCCAAACCCAUUGUCACUGGGUCAGAUGCAGUCACAGAAUCAUCCAAUCAUGCCUGCACCAAUUCUAUCCCCAUAAGGUCCAAUCUCCUGCACCUUUUCCCCCCAAUCCCUGUACUCCAUUUCUAUUCAAAUAACCAUCCCGUGACCCUCUACAAUGCCUCAAUGGAACCUGUCUCCUGCAUAUUUCCAGGCAAUUCAUUCCACACCCUAACUACUCGCUGGGUGGAGGGGUUUCUUUCCCCCAUCACCUUUACUUUGUUUCCACUUCACCUUAAACCUCUGUCCCUCUCAUUCUUGAUACUUUAUGAUCAGGAACAGCUUCAAUCUGUCUACUCUGUCGAUGUCCCUCUCAUCAAUUUGAAAGCCUCUGUCAGAUCUCCCUCUCAGCGCCUUCUCUCCAGGAGAACAGUCCCCAACUUCUUCAAUCUGUCUUUGCAACCGAAGUGGCUGCUUCGCACAUAUAACUCACUGCCAUUUGUGGAGGCUGAUCUGAUCAUCCUGAAGGCCACUUUCCUGCCUUUUCCUCUCGAUUCCUCUCCCUCUCUCUCAGUUGUGAAUACACUUAAUGCCCCAUCAUCAACAGGCCUUCUGCGGUAAAGAAUUCCAAUGGAUUCACUACCCUCGGAGAGAAGAAAUUCUUCCAUCUCUGUACACGGUGCAGGGAAUGUAUGGACUGGAGUGAGAUACAGGAGGGGGAGUGCAUGCAGUCCAAGUAACCCGUCUACCUGGCCCUUCGAGCGCCACGACCCCUCGAUCCCAGUCCCAUGUGGAGCAGAGUCUGAGGAUCACACUAUCUGGCAUAGCAGCUCCUCUCAGACCCCAUUAAACCAGAGUAAAUUCAGGGCACCUUCCAUCUUGAAGGUCUGUCUCAAUUAUGGCACAAGGAUUUCAGCAAUUUCAACACAGUAACUCCCCUCCUGAUCCCCCUCCACACAGCCUGUCCCACCAUCGACAAGGCACAAGUCAGGAGUGUGAGAGAAUGCUCCCCACUUGCCCUGGAUGGGGUCAGCUCCAACAACACUCAAGAAGCUCGACAUCAUCCCCCGCUUGAUUGGCACCACAUCCACUCCCUCCACCACCAGUCGCAGCAGCAUGUACCAGCUACACGAUGCCCUGCAGAAAUUCACAAAGGCUCCUUAGACAGCACCUUCCAAAACCCAGCCACUUCAAUCUGGAAGGACAAGGGGCAGCAGGUCCAUGGGAACACCAGCCGUCUGCAAGUUCCCCCUCUGGGCCACUUCCCAUCCUGACUUGGAAAUAUAUUGACCGGUCCUUCAGUGUCGCUUGAUCAAAUUCCUGGAAUUCACUCCCCCAGGGACAUUGUGGGACGACCCUACAGCACAUGGACUGCAGUACUUCAAGGCGGCAGCUCACCCCCACCGUCUCAAGGGGUGAACAACUAGGAAAUGGCGAUAAAUGCUGGGCCCAGUUAAUGACACUCACUUGCAGUGCAGACAACUGUUGUCAAUUGGAGAAGCUCUCAAUAUGCUUUCCUGCAAGCUGCUGUAUGACCGUCUCCAAACUGCUGAAGCCACUGUUCAAUCUCUGCAGCGAACAGUUAAUGUCACUGAAUCCUGGAGAGAUGACAUGUGUUCCUGUGAGAUUUACUGGGACUCUAAAUCAUUCACCUCAGCUUCACAGCUUGUGGAAAGUGUUUCUCUGGCAUGACCCAGCUGCUGCCAUCUUACAGUGUCUACGUUGUGUCUGUGGAAAGUUCGAUCCCAGCUGGACAGCUAACUUCACGAGCUGUGCUGGAUAUUAACAUCCUCUGUCAAUAAACUAUCUGUUUUA